CUCGACGCCAUCACCUGGAAUACCCACCCCUCACUAUGGCGAGCCGAACCCAGCGACGAAGGCGACAAGCUCUGGACCCAGAAUUGGGACUCCCAUCCCAUGCUGAUCCCGCUGCAAGAUCUGAAGAACCUGAACCAGGACCUCGAUUACGUCGCUCGGUGGCUAGAUGAUGAGAGUAUGGGCAUGGUAGGGAGUCAAGCCCAUCAUUUACUCCAUUGCAUCGAUGUCCUUCGCAAAGCCGUCUGGACGGAUCAUUAUUGGCCGAAAGGGAAUCUUAACCCUGGGCAUCGCACGCAUCAGACGCAUUGUGUGGAUUUGCUGAGGCAGGAUGUCAUGUGUCGCGCUCCGAUGGAUGUGUAUCCCUUGAUCUGGAUGGAAGGCGAAUCGCAGCCCACGCCUAAUUUCAAUAUCAGUAUGCAGUGUUCCGAUUGGGAUGGGAUGUGGGCUUGGUGGCGUGAGAGGCAGAUGAGUGAUGCUGAUGUUGAUAGGGUGUGGGUCAAACCUUGGGAUGUCAAACAGUGGCCUGCUCCAGAUGGCUUGGCGGAGGAGAAUUUGGCGCUUAAGGAAAUUUGUAGUAGACCGAAUGUUACGUGCUCGGUUGGGGGAGAGGAGGUGGACUUCUCUAGCGAGUAG